CGAUUGUUAUCGAUAAUUUAUCGUAACACACUGUCGGCCAUUAAACUAACAGAAACAAGUGAAUAAUAUUCUUUGGAACUUCACAACAAAAACAUGGAAAAAUGGUUGAGCGAAGCACUAUCCAGCUGCCUGGAUUGCGUGGUAACACCAGAAAUGAUGUCCGCUAUAUUGGCAAUAAAGGAUGACCAUGAUUUUGAUAAUUAUUUUGGGAACUUAUUGAGUGAGGAUAAUGAGGAGCAUCGCAUAUUUCUGCUCAACUGUCGUCGCAUGCUGUUGAGCGGCAAACAGCCACGAAGCAAAGGAAAACUCACUGGCAGCUCACCGCCAACGCAGCGCAGCGCGGCGCCGGUCGGAGGAGCUACCAAAAAGUCAGGAAAAUAUGUUAACAUUUACUCUAACGAUGGCAAACUGCUGGGCGACACAAUGCUGCUUAAGGGACGUCGGAAAUGUGAUUGCCAGGCAGCGGAGCAUAAGCUUAUUAAUAAUUGUAUGGGCUGCGGUCGCAUAGUAUGCGAGCAGGAAGGCAGUGGCGCAUGUGUCUGCUGUGGCAAGCUUGUAUAUACGAACGAGGAAGAGCAGCUAAUGAGCAAAGCACAGCGUAGUGCCAACAGCAAGACGCAAGGUAAACUAACAAAAAAACAGCAGCAACAACAACAGAUGGAAAAAUCACAAAAUGAUGCAUUGGCUCAGCGUGAUCGCCUUCUGGAGUAUGAUCGCAACAGCGAAAAGCGUACCACAGUCAUAGAUGAUGAACUGGAUUACUUUCAGGAAAAUUCGGUUUGGUUAUCAGAUGCUGAACGAGAGAAAUUUGAGCAGUUAAAGAGCGAACUUUAUGAACUAAAGCACGGAAGUCGCACUAAACGCAAGAUUAAGGUGGACUUUGCCGGACGUGAGCUACCUGAAGAGCACCCCGUCACCAAGGAGUAUGAACAACAACUGCAGCGUCAACUGGCCGCUAUCACAAAAUCUGCUGGCAUUGGCAGCUCGAUCACUGGACAUUCUGCCAUGAGAUUGCCAGGCAAUUUAGAUGUGGCCAAGCCACCUGUAUUUAAAGCAACCAAGGAUCUGAAAUCAAAGACUGCAGCACCAAACGACGAUGGCCUGGAACGUGUUUAUAAUCGUGUUCAGGACAAAGAGCUAUUAGAAAUGCAGGAUAUGCGGCAGUGCCUGUCCAUGCAUCAGCCUUGGGCCUCAAUGCUAGUGGCAGGCAUUAAAAAGCAUGAGGGUCGCGUCUGGUAUAGCGAACAUCGCGGACGCCUUUGGAUUGCCUCCACCACUAAAGAACCGCGUGCCGAGGACAUUUCUCAACUUGAAGAGUUCUACCGUGUGCUUUAUAACGAUAAAAACCUAAAGUUUCCCACAUCCUAUCCCACCAGCAGUUUGCUGGGCUGCGUGCAUGUGAACAACUGUCUUCCGCAGGAGGAAUACCGUGAACUCUAUCCCAACGGCGAGUCCGAUAGUCCCUAUGUGUUUGUCUGCUCCAAGCCGGAGCAGCUGCCGUUGCUGUUGCCUGUACAUGGCGAACACAAGAUUUAUGAGCUACCUUUGAAGACACACAAUGCUGCCUGCAAGACGUUAAUGCGUUCCAGAGCCAACAAAGGCUAAGCCUUUGGGCAUUUAAAAUGUUUGUUAAAAAUCAAUUUAGCUAGCAAUUCCAUUACCUGUAA